UAACAAAAAAGAAUCAUUUAGAAAGUCCCCUGAGCUUUUGGUUUCGUUUUGGCCUCGAAUUGAAGUAAACCCUUGAAAGGUUUCCUUGUUUCCUAAAAAAUCUCCCAUUUCUUAUAUAAAAUUCUAAAUCUUCUUAUAAAUUUCUUUGCCUGAAGCCGACUCUUUUUCUCUCCAUCGAUUACUCAAUCAAUUGGGUUCUUUUUAAAUUGAAACCCUAAUUUCUUAAAGCCCCUCCUUGUUAUUUCGUGUUGGUGGAUAAUCAGGGGUUGAAUCUUGCAAUGGCCAAAAGUUCCUUCAAGCUUGAACAUCCUUUGGAAAGGAGGCAGGCUGAAGCUGCUCGCAUCAGGGAGAAGUAUCCAGAGAGAAUUCCUGUUAUUGUGGAGAGGGCUGAAAGGAGUGACAUUCCUGAUAUUGAUAAGAAGAAGUAUCUUGUUCCUGCUGAUUUGACUGUGGGGCAAUUUGUUUAUGUUGUCCGUAAAAGGAUUAAGCUUAGUGCUGAGAAAGCUAUAUUUGUCUUUGUGAAGAACACUCUCCCUCCUACUGCUGCCUUGAUGUCUGCAAUCUACGAGGAAAAUAAGGAUGAAGAUGGUUUUGUUUAUAUGACUUACAGUGGAGAGAAUACAUUUGGUUCCCAUCUACUUUUAGCGUAAUGCUAUCAAUCUAUGUAAAUAUCUAAAAGAAAAGGUGUAAAUUCUCAGUGGUGCCACAUAAGUCAAUGCUCUUUGCUGAACAAUGGCAGUUUUUAGCUGUCGGGACUUGGAGUUUUAUUUUCUAUAAAUUGAAUGCCCACUAUAUUUAACUGUA